UCGACACCACAAUGAGGACGUUCCUGGAUUCCUUCUUCAUCCUUUGUCUGUGCUUCACCACAGCGAGGUCUUUGGAGUGCACGCGUUGUACGGACUAUUCUGGAGAAGGCUGCUCCCAGACGACCUCUGCAUGCCCGGCCAACACCAACACGUGUGUGUUUACCUACUCCGAACUGAGGAUAGCUAAUCAGGUCGUACCCCUUACGACCAAAACCUGCGGGAAUGAUAAUGAAUGCAACCAGAUCAGCAGAAUGACUCUGGCGGAGGACACGAGUUUCUUAAGAAGUUCCACCUGCUGUAAUUCCGACAACUGCACCUCACCCACACCCAUCCUGCCCGUCUUGGACACCACGCCGAACGGGUUCAGUUGUCCUGCCUGCUAUCUAAUAAAUUCUACCUCUUGUCAAUCUACCGGAACCAUCGCAUGCCGAGGGGACGAGACUCGAUGCAUUCGAAUGUCAAUUAACGGAGGUGCGACCUUCAGCUUGGCUUUCCAAGGCUGUUCCUCGGCUAACAUUUGCUCCAUGCAGCAAUACUUCAAUGGUCUUAACUCACAGUUGAAUUACGGGGUGGCUUGCUGUGACCCCAGUAGUCAGGGGUCGAACACGUGCACUGUAUAGAUUCUCCGGGUUAUCGACACGGAUUCCAUGCACGAGAAAACUCUAUGGUCUUCAGACGUGGAGACCUACAGUCUUGGCUUCACCAGGCCAAAGUUGAUGGAGUUCACAGAAGAUCCAUAUUAACCAGGACUUCUUAUUUCCGUGGAUUUGUGAUGUCUCAUUAAAAGAGAAAUUUCUGCUACCGACACAUGAAA